AUGCCACCCAUUUACGCGAACCUUGUGAAUAGAAAAAGGGUGUUCAUAUCCAUUGCUUUUAUAUGGAUUUUUGCACUUUCUUUAGCAUCACCGCCUUUGAUAUGGAGGCCGCUGGCAGUUAUUUGCGGGGAGGAAGAAUCUUACGUCGAACACAUAGCUUACGAGAUCAUUUACAUGACCGCCGAGUGGCUAGUGAUUUUUGUAAUCCCAUUCUCGAUCAUGUCUUUUAUUUACUUCCGAACAUACCGCAUUGCCCGAAACCACGCUCAGCGAGUGCGGCCGGGUAUAUACGAAGAAUCUACGACAACCACUCAAGGAAGUGCGAAUAAUUCUUCGUGCAGGUGUCGUCAUAUCACGAGCCUUAACAGAGAGUUCAAAGCUGCCAAGAUGCUUGUAACAAUAUCUGGCGCUUUUUUGAUGUCUUGGUGCCCAUUUUUUGUUACAUUAACUUUGUGGAAGUUUCAGGAUCACGUACAGAUUUAUCCUAGAGUAUUUACAGGAUUUCUGUACUUAGUUUAUACUUUACCAGCCAUUAAUCCUGUGAUUUAUGCAUACUGGUGCCGGGAUAUACGAAAUACAGUGAAAAAGCUUUUAACUUGUCGAAAAUGA